AUGCGAUUCUUUCAUCUAUUGUUCCUACUUUCCUUCUUGGUUCUUAUUACUGGUGCUUCAGCAGGACUCGAAGAAGGUGAAAUCAUGACAGAUCAAAAGACAGAUUUCCCCGAAAUGGUUGGAAUGAACGGAGCGGAAGCCAAGGCUCAACUGGAAAGUCAAUUCCCUUCCUUUCAGAUUGAUAUUGUUCCUUGGGAUGCUAUGCUGACCAUGGACUACCGUGAGGACAGAAUUCGAAUCAAGGUUGAUGAAAGCGGCAAGGUCAAGAAGUCUCCAAGAGUUGGAUAA